AUGGGCAAAAGCAAGACCACCAAACUCAAGCCUCCACCUAAAGGAGCGCCCACCACGCGUGGGAGGAUCGAUAACAAGCCCCCCGCCGAGCCGGAAAACAAGUGCGGCGACAAAGUGACGGACACCGAGGAGGAGGAAUCAGAGAGCGACGCGGGAAGCUCGGCUAACGUGACGGUCGAGGAAACGAGCGAUGACGAGAAAGAGGAGGAGCGGGGAAGCAACGAAGAGCCAUCUGAGACACAUGGGAGUGAGGAAAGCAGCGAGGAGGAGGCGGCUGAGGACGAGGAAUCGGACAAAGAGCUUUCAGAGGAAGCCAGAAGGGAAGCAGUCACGUCCAGCGAAGAGGAAGAAGUGACCGAGAAGGAGGUUGAAGUAUCUGAGUCGGUCAACAGUGAUGUGAGUGAAGAUGAGGUGACGACCCAGGAGGACUCGUUGGAAAAGGUCACGGCUGAUAAAGCCUGCAGACGACGCAGGAGGACUCCGCGUGCCUCGGAGCCUACGCAAGGGACGAAAUACAAGAUGUCUAAAAAAACAAAGACGGAUAAGCAGGCGGAGAAGGCCGAGAAAAAGAAAGCCAAAGCAGAGAAGCAGAGGUUAGAAAAGGAAGCCAAACAAAAAGCCAAGGAGGAAAAAAAGAAUAGGAAAAAAAGACUAAAAGAGGACAAACGUAGUUCUGCAACGGAGGAGAUUCGAUCCCCAAAAGACCGCUCCAUUGGUAAGGUUGAGACAGUGAAGGGCAAGACCCAAACAAAACAGGAGAAAGAUGACCCCGUAGAAGCUGAUCCAGAUGUCGAAGAGGAGGAGGCUGAACCGACGGUGACCAAAGCUAUCAAAGGCCAAAACAGAAUGAUGCUUCUCAAAGCCAAAGGUAAGAACCUCAAAGCCAUCCCGGAGCCCGAGGAGCAGCAGGAUGCCGGACGUGUCGUCAAAGGGCGGCCGCAGAGCUCGCUCUCGGGGAAGGUCAAGAUGGCGUCUCUCCGGCAGAAAGCAAACAAGGCAUCGGUGAAGCCGGACGAGGAAGCAGCCGAGAGCGAGGCCGUCGACGUGGGGUCCGGCAAUCCCGAGGAACGUUUGAUAGCGGAGAAAAAAGAUGCCACACUUCACCGAGUAUCUGGUUGGAUUCAGAACAACGUGCCGCCCGGGUUUAACGUGAGGAAGAAGGUUUCUGCUUGGACAAAAGCCAUGGGGGUAUCCCACUGGCUCUCCUCCCGGACAAUGAAGCAGAAGCAAGGCCCCAGAAAAAAGGCUAGUAUCCUUAAACAUAGGAUGGCUCUGAGAGUGGCCAGUCAAACCAGCCUGAUGAGUAAGAGAAGUAGGGCCCUCUCUGCGGACACAAUGGGUAAAGAAAGCGUCCAGGGAAAAACGGGGGAGGGAGGAGAGGAAGCGGCGCCAGCUGGGGAGAAAGAAGUAGAGGCCAAAUACGCUGUGGUACUCCCCAGGAUGAACAAACUGGGCAAGCCGAAGUUGGCCGAGGUUCCCCAGGCAGCUCCUGGACCUUUUACGCCACCAACUACCACUGGACCACCAGGAGAACCCACAACAUCAAAGCCAAAACCCCCAAAACCAGGUGCCAGGCUGGUGUUCCCCGUCAAACCAGAUCUCAGCCUCCUGAAGUCCAUCAAGAAGUCCUUCCCAGGGGGGUUAACAUCAGAUGCAGACGUGGCAGAAAGGAGUCCUGGGUCCAGUGCUACAUUGGAGGGAUCGUCCAGCAUUGAGGAUAGAAAGAAGAGAGCCGCCCUCGACAAUCAAGAUGGAGCCAGUGUGCUACAGGCUGCAAGGGGCAAACUAAACUACACCCAGAUCAACCUGACCAAGAUGUCUUUGUCGGGGGGGACAGACUGGCUGCGGGCGGAGAACCUGCUGCCCCACCAGACGGUGGAGAAGCUAACCAAGUGGACCGUCUAUGACGACGGGGGCCAGGCCAGGACCGUUCCCGCCGACAACGGUCGAGGCCCCUGGGAAUCAGAGGACCCCACCCAGGAGAUGCUGGAGAGUCGACUGGUCAGCACAAAGGUUGUGAUGCCUGGCUGCAAAAGAGCUGUAGAGGUGGAUGAGGUGGAGGAUCUCUCCCAGCUGGAGGAGGUGAGCGAGAGCUCUGUGCUGCUCAAUCUGAAGAAGAGGUUCCAGCGCGACUGUAUUUACACUUACAUUGGAAACAUGCUGCUGUCCAUUAAUCCCUUCAAACCCCUAAACAUCUACACAGAGGAGCUGAGACAGACGUACCAGGGCACGGAGCAGCAUAGAAACCCACCCCACGUGUACGCCAUCGCCGACGCCGCUUUCAGCCACUCUCAGGACUCCACACAGGAGCAGUGCAUCAUCAUAAGUGGGCAGAGUGGAUCAGGGAAAACUGAGGCUACCAAGCUAAUAGUCCACUACCUCAGCUCUGUGUAUCAGGGCAGAAACAACAACCUGCGACAGCCCAUGGAGGUCUUUCCCAUUCUGGAGAGUUUCGGGAACGCCAAGACCAUCCUCAACAAUAACUCCAGCCGCUUCGGCAAGUACCUCCACAUCCACAUCCUCCACGGGGUUGUUGUAGGGACCUCGUUGUCCAAAUAUCUCCUUGAGAAGUCCAGGGUUGUCUUUCAGGCCAAUGAGGAGAGGAACUACCACGUGUUCUAUGAGCUGCUGGCAGGCAUGAACGACUGGGACAAAGAGGAGCUCUACCUGCAAGGAGCCGAGACCUAUUACUACCUAAACCAAGGUGGUGCCUGUGAGCUGAAGUGGAAGCAGGACAAGCAGGACUUCCAGCUUUUGGUUCAGUGCUUCGAGACUAUCGGUCUCCAUGCCGACCAGAUCUCCACCGUCUGGGCCAUCCUCUCCUCCAUCCUGCAGCUCGGCAACAUCUGCUUCAGCUCGUACGAGAGCGAGUCGUUCGAAGUGGCGCGUAUCUUCAGCGAGGCGGAGGCCAGGAGGGUCGGCUCCUUGCUGCAGAUUUCCUCCGAGGCCUUGCAGACCGUCAUCACUCACAGGGUCACGGAGACGACCUACGACAGGAUCUACUGCCCUCUGUCUGUGGAAAGUGCCAUAGAAUACAGAGAUGCCAUUGCCAAAGCCUUGUAUUCAGUGCUGUUCGACUGGUUGUUGGAGCAGACCAAUGACUGGCUGAGCCCCACCGAGAUGGACAGCACCGUGGGCGUCGUCGACAUCUACGGCUUCGAGGACCUGGGAGUGAACAGCUUUGAGCAGCUGUGUAUCAACUUUGCCAAUGAGCAGCUGCAGCACUUUGUCCACAAGGCCGUGAUCUCCCAGGAGCAGGAGGAGUACCGAGCAGAGCAGAUCCAGUGGUACCCGAUGCAACUCAAGGACUUCCACUCCUGUCUGGAGCUGAUCUCCUCCAGACCACACGGCAUCCUGCGCAUCCUGGACGACCAGACCUGCCUCCCCCAGGCCACUGACCACACCUUCCUCCAGAAGUGCCACUACCACCAUGGGAACAGCCCCUACUACGCCAAGCCCAAGAACCCACUGCCAGUCUUCACUGUCUACCACUAUGCCGGAGCGGUCACUUACCAGGUUCAUAAUUUCCUGAAUAAGAACCACGACCAGUUCCGGACAGAAGUGGUGGAGCUUUUUGCCAGGAGUCGCUUAAAGAUGGUGUCGGAGUUGUUCCGGAAGGUUCAGGACGCCUACAUUCAGCAGAGGGAGCUGGGCUGUAGAGGGAAGGGCCUCCGCCAGCAGCCCUCCACCGCCGCCUCACACUUCCUCAAGUCCCUAACGGAGCUCACCACCCGCCUGGAGAGAUGCAAAACCACUUUUAUUCGCUGUCUGAAGCCAAACUACGUCAAGCACCCGGGGGUCUUUGACGUAGACUAUGUGUCGGCACAGCUGAGGCAUGCUGGGAUGCUGGAGACCAUCCACAUCAGGAAGGAGGGUUUCCCCAUGCGGAUACUGUACUCCGACUUCAUUGAGAGAUUCGGGGUGCUGCUGAGUCAGCGGCUGAGCGAGGUGUCGGCCCGAGAGCAGUCGGUGGCUCUGCUGGACACGGUCGGUGCUGAGGAGGGACAGUACCAGCUGGGACUCACCAAGCUGUUCCUCAAGGAGCUGCUGUACCAGCUGGUCGAGGAGAAGUGGAGCAGCACUCAGACCUGGGCGGCCGUCACCAUCCAGAGGAACAUCAGAGGCUUCAUCUGCAGGAGGAACUUCAGGUGCUUCAAGCAGAAAGCCAUCGUCAUCCAGAGCCACAUACGAGGACACCAGGCCAGGAAGUACUACAAGCGUCUGAAGCAGUCCGUCACACAGUUCUGGGCGGUGAUGCUGAUAACCAGGGAGACCGUCAAGAGGCGCCAUUGGAGGAAGGAUGUGGGGAUGUUGGAGAUCCCCGCUGAGCUGUCAGCUAGACUUCGCAGCGCAGCAGGGCAUCAGCAAAAUUCAGGGGUCACAGAGGUCGCGCUCCCGCAGGUGAAGGCGAGGCACAAGCUCUCACUGCCUCUGGAUGUAGACAAAUACCCGUUCUCUCGCUAUGCCAAGUCCAUAUUAAAGGACACAUGGUGCCAGCCUCAGGGUUUCCCCCUCCAGAGGCCCCUCACCCCUCUGGAGCCUGAAGAAGCCAGAACUGCCGUGGAGAUUUACAAACUGAUCUUGCGGUUCACGGGUGAGUCCGAACUCAGCGGCUGGCAGGAGCAGGUGCUGGCGAACUACGUGGUGGAGAGGGGCCAGAGCCGGCCAGCCCUGAGGGACGAGAUUCUCUCCCAGCUGGUGUACCAGACGUGGGGUCAGGAGGGCCUGAGGGGCUGGCUGCUGCUGGCCUGCUGCCUCAGUGCCUUCACGCCCUCACCAACACUGGAGAAACCCCUCCUCAAGUACGUGUCUGACCACGGUCCAGGGGAGUACCGCUCGCUGUGCCAACACAAACUGCUGACAUCGCUGCAGCUCCCGGCUCCCGCUGCCCGAAUCUACCCCCCCACUAAGCUGGAGUGGACCGCCAACCAGAGGAAGGGCACCAUGCUGCUGGACGUCCACACCUUCAAUGAUGAGAAGCUGACGACGGAGGUGGAGUCAUGGACCACAGGAGAGCAGCUGGCCUCAUGGCUCCUUCAUUUCCGUGGUGUGUCGGAGGCGGUGCAGGGCUGGUCCGUGUCUCUUCUGACCGAUGAAGGCUGGUCUGAUCUGGCUGGCUCGGACUUUGUCAUGGAUCUUCUGGCUGGAGCCGAAGCUGAAGUGCUGCCACCUCCGGGGACUCCGUCCUCUACGAACUCCGACUUCCUGUUCAGCAGCCAGGGCGACAGGAUGCCGGCUACAGAUCUGGACGACUUUAUACCACCGGCGCCAACGAUGCAAGCUCCCGGGCUGCCUUCUUUUGAGGAAAGCCGCUGGGGAAGAGAUUAUCCACAGGAAGGUAUGCCCAUGAUGAUGCCGAGCUAUGCUAUGGGACCAAUGGGUAACCCUUCGGUGCCCAGCUAUGGUGCAACUCCCAUGAUGCCAACCAUGCCGACCAUGUCCGCCAUGAUGAUGCCUCAGGCUCCCAUGUCUGCCACGCCUGUGGCUGACCCCAUGCAGGCCCUCAUCAACCAGCAGGCCUUUCUCAUGGCCCAGCAGAUGACCCUGCAGGCCAUGAAUCUGUCCCAGCAGCAGACGCAGGAGCAGCAGAGAAAGCAGAAGGAGACGGAGAAGAAGCAGCGGAGGCGUCAGUCUGAGCGGCGGACCUGGGAAUGCUCGCCCUCGCCCCCUUCCACGUCUGCACCUCCCUCGCCCCGACCUGCCCGGCCCAAAGCGCCUGUGCCUAAACGCACCUACGGCUACAACAAGCAGCCCGAGCCGGAGCCAGAAAGAGAAGUGCCCUCACCAGAUCUCGCUGCCCUGCAGUCCUUCAGAGACAAGAAGGAAUACUUCCAGAAGUUCGCCUCGGAGCCUGCGGUGAAGCGUGUCCACACCCCUCCUGCCGGAGUCGUGGACCCCCCACCAGCAGCACCGAAGCCAGCUCCUCUCACUAAGCACCAGCCCGAACCCACCUCCAACAUCCGGGAAAUCAUCAAGCUAUACAACAGCCGACCCGAGCCGGAAGCCAAACCCUUUGAGUCCGUCAGACCUGCUGCGCGGCAUUUCUUAAAGAAGAAUGACCCCAAAGACGAAGCUCUGGCCAAACUCCAGAACAAAGCACCAGUGCCACGAGCGAAGAAACAGUGGGUGCCUCCGCCGGUCGAGCCCAAGAGGACGCCACCUCCUCCCAAGACCACGCCCCCACAGUCCUCCUCUCCUCCCUCCACCAGGGGGCCCCGCACCAUCUCCAGCAACAUGAAGCAGAAACAGCGCUCCCUGGAGGACCUGUUCGGCUCGCAGGGUUCCCAGCACGCUCCGACCCUUCCCCCCGACUCGCCGCCGCCGCCUCCCUCGCGCCGAGCGCCCAUCAUCUGGAGCAUCCCCGACCCGCCGGCCACGGCGGCCCCGUCUCUCACCACAGAUGUGAUGCCCGAUGAGGAGGGCAUUCGCUCCCAGCUCCACCGCUUCUCUGCCGGGGUUUACUUCUCUUACUCCAACAUGCUGGGAAAGCUGUUCCUGCGAAAAGAGGUGUUUUACCCCAAAGAGAUGUUCAACCGGCCCUACAUCCUCAAUCUGCUGUGUGAACAGAUCAUGAGGGACACCUACUCUGACAGCUGUGUGAGGAUCAGCAGAGAGGAGAGGAGGAAGAUGAAGGACCUGCUGGCUAAUUUCAAUGUGGGAAUGACGAUAAGCACCAUCCAGAACGACAACAUGAAGACGAGGAUCGUCAUGGCUGCUCGAGACAACUGGGAAAACUACUUCAUCCGUCUGUUCCCUGUGAAGUCGGACCGAGGGGAGGCCCGGGUCCUGGGCGUGUCUCACCGGGGCCUUCGUCUUAUGAAGGGGGUCAGAGCAUCGGGCAUCAACCCCGAACACCUGCGUCUGCUCACAAGCUUCAGCUUUGCAGAGUUGCUGUCAGUUGACCUCCAGGGUGCGGACCGAGUAGAGCUGGAGCUGGUGAGGGAGACGCUGGUGAUGCAGUCCUCCAGAGCUCCUCAGAUCACUGCCAUGAUCCGCUUCUUCCUCCAGGAGCUGAUCCGGGACUCGGUCCAUGUGGUUGCCCUGAAGAGUUUCGUAACAGAUGACAAAAGUCUACUUAGCUUCAGCAAGGGCGACGUCAUCAAACUGAUGCCAAUGGAAGGACUCCAGUCAGGCUGGCGUUUUGGCACCAUGGGAGGGCGCUCUGGUCUUUUCGCGGAUGACCUCACCCAGCCGUCCGCGGCCCCGGACUACCACUGUCUGCCCCUCGACCGAAGAGACGACAAGAGGAAGAGCACGGGUCCACCACCCAAGGGCCCGUCUCAGGGUCCUAUCGGCAGACCCACUGGCAGCGUCGAUUCAGAGCCGCUCGAUAACGAAGAGAUCCAGAGAUCCGACCAGAGCUCAACCCACGAGCUGGAGAUCCUCUCCAGCAUGGCCGAGUUUGCCAUGAAGUAUUUCCGAGUGGGGACUACGGGUCUGCCAGCAAGCGGAAGGAAUUUUACAGAGGCGGUGCAACACACAGAACUUCCCAUCCAGGAGUCUCUCAUCCUCUACAACGGCCCUGAAAUCAACGAGUUGUCGGUCCAGUGCUUCACGAACCUGAUGCAGUUCAUGGGGGACAUGCCGAUGACGAAGAAGAACACCCAGACAGACUGCUUGAGCCACAUUCUUCUGUUGGGGAAGGAGAAGGAGCUCCUGAGAGAUGAGAUCUACUGCCAGGUCAUCAAGCAAACCACCAACAACCAAAUUAAGUCCAUCUGCACCCUGGGCUGGCGGCUGCUCAACCUGAUGACCGGGUUCUUCCCGUGCUCUGGCACGCUGCACCCGCACGUCACGCGUCACCUCCGAGACAUCUCUCAGGACUACGAGCACCCCUACCAAGAGCUGGCGCAUGUGUGUCAGGAUAAUCUCCAGCAGUCGCUCAGCUUUGGCGGCCGCCGUAACAUCCCCUCCCACGUGGAGAUGGAGGCCAUUCUGGCAGGUAAAACCUCCAGGUAUAUUCCCAUCCAUCUUCCAGGAGGAGUGGAGUUCCCCAUGAGGAUACGCAGCUUCAGUAUGGCAGCAGAUGUGUUGACAGAGUUCUGUAACGAGAUGGGCAUCUUAAAUCUCACAGAAAUCAAAGAGUUCUCCAUCCUUGCCAACCGACAUCAAGAUGAGAUGGUGCGUCCCCUCCACGGCGAGGACUAUCUGUUUGACUUCCUUCUGGACGACGGCUCCAUCUCCUUCUCCCUCAGACGCCUGAUGUGGAGGGUCCCUCUGACCUACAACGGCGACCUCUACGUGGAGUUCCACUACCAGCAGCUGCUGGCCGACUACCUCGGUGGGCGGCUGACGCUGGCUCCUGCUGCCGCCGGCCCCUCAUUGGUCCAGCAGAUAGCGGAGCUGUCGGCCCUGCAGCACCUGGCCAAGGGUCAGGGGGAUCAGCUCUCACUGCCUCAGCUGAAGGAGUACCUGCCUCCACAGGCUGGCCUCAGCAGCUCAUUGGAGGAGCUGCUCUCCAUCUGUCUGGACCGGACCAAUGAGAUGACCUCCCUCAGUCCUCAAGACGCCAAAAUACAACUCAUUGAGGUUCUGAGCACCACUCCUCUGUUUGGCUCCAACACUUUCUUGGCCCAGAAGGUCAGUCAUCGUGGCUGUCCCUCCCCGUGCACGGUCAGCAUCGGCCAGGAGGGGGUGCUGUUCCUCCACCCCAAAACACAGGAGCGAGUGUUUCUGAUCCCUCUGGUAGAUGUGCAGUCCAUGCGCACCGCCCGCCCCAAGAAACAAGGCAAAGUCCCAUCUGUGGACAUCAGCUUCAGCAUCGUGGGCCGAACCAAAACCGUCACCGUUCAUCUCAGACAGGCUAAGGCACUGUGCCACACCCUCGCUCUGGUCAUGGAAGAGGUGAUCCGACCAUCAGUCACCAGCUCCAUUUCACAUCGCCAGUAGACACACACACACACACACACACACACACACAGUAUUGAGAGUUGUUGUUAAUCAAGGACUUUUUGUGUUUAACCGUUUCUGUUAAUUUAUCUUUCUUUCUUCUUUCUGUGUAACUUAAUGUACAUUGUUUGUCGUUUAUGAAAUGGACUGGAAUAGAAACUAUUCAUGAAGGAAGUGACACGUGCAGAAGGAAAUUAGAGUAAUUCACAGAUUAUUGCAUCAAUUGCAUUUUUUUUGCAAGGUCGAAAUCCUGAGAUGUAAUUGUUGAAACACAAUUUAAUUAACUUUAUUUUGUAUAGCUCAACAUCACAAAUGACCAUUUAUCCUCAGAGGGCUUUACAAUCUGUACACGUAUGACAUCCCUGACCUUUGACCUCACAUCGGAUCAGGAACAACUCCCACCAAAAAAAAAUUUAAAAGUGAAGAACCUUCAGGAGAGCGACAGGAUAGACAGAACGUUGGUUAAGCAUCACUGGGAGUUAAUGUUGUGCUGAUGUCAGACAAGUGGGUCAUUAAAGAAAUGUGUUGACGCAUUC